GGGUGCGAUAUCCCCUGGACGGGAAGCUGUACACGACCAGCUUCCCCUAUCUAUUCAAAGCAAGGUCCGACCUGGCGGCUCUCCUCAUCACCGGCUGGCAGUUGAUGGGUAAUGUCAGAGACGAAAAAGGUUGGACUCCUCACUCGGUCUGCAGGCAGCCAUGACCUUCUACGCUCGAUUGAGGACGCGGUGCGAUACUCUACCGGAGCCAGUUACCCCACACCGCAUUACGUUUCCGGGUGAGUUCGUCUUGCGCAUGAGCUACCACCGUAUUGUCCUCCUCGCGCAACCAUUCUGCCGCAAUGGCCACCACGGCUCGACCCUCCUCCUCGCCACCAAGGGCGUCCACGAACAAGAACAAAACUACUUCGUCACCAAGGCGCUUCUCGUGACCCUCCGGGCCAGGAUGCCCGCCCACGAAAAGAGGACGACGACCGGGGCGUCAUGCGCCGGCAGAUGCGCCACGUCAAGAGCCACUUGCUGCCGAGCGUUACGAGCCAUGCGGAUGAUCCGGAGCUGCACAGGCUGCGGCGUCUGCUGGGGGAGGAGUUGGAUUUGGAAGAAGAAGAGGGGGGUGUGGAGGAGGAUGGAAGGGACAUGGAAGGGGUGAGCUGAGCCAACAUAAAGGAUUACAGGGUUGGAAAAGCUUAGGAUAAGUGUCGUAUAGUUUCUGUGGGAGAACUUGCGUAAGAGCUGUCACGGGCUCGUGGAAGAGUUGAAGAUCUGCAGUUGAUGCCGGGGUCAUGUUCAUGUCGAACUAGGGCGGCGGGCAAACAAUCCCUCCGAAGGAGGCGGCGCCGCCAUUUGUUUCCAUGG